UUGCCAUUUAUCAAUUUAAAACUCCUCUCUGUUUUCUCCGUUUCUUCCCUGUUGACGGCGCUUUUGCUAUUCCACUGAUCCACACCAAAGAAAAAAAAAUCAUUUUCAAGCAAGAACACGGAAAGGGAUUAAACCCUCGUUCACGAAUUCCUGGAAAAGUGUGUCUGUGUGAAGAUUCCUGUCGAGGGUUUCUCGAUUCCGAUUGAUCUGUCUAGGGUCUUCGAUUCCCUACUUAAGUUUUUUUUUUUCUCACGCGUUCGAGAUUCUCUACUUCACCAGCAGAUAGUUAAAUCAAGGUUCACAUCCCGAUUCAUCGCAAAAAUUAGGGUUCCUGUUCCGGUUGGUCCUGCUCCGCUUUGGCCAUAACCUGGGUCUUCAUCCUCUUGGCAGCGUUCCGCAGGACCAGGAGGCAUUUGUAGUUCUUCUAGAUCCUUCUUAUCUCCUGUACAGAAUGGGGGAUAUGGUUCCCAUUUACCUCGAUAUCGUUGCGUUUCUAUGCACUGUCGGAGCCAUUGGUUUGGCAAUGUUCCACAUUUAUAGGCACCUCUUGAAUUACACAGAACCCACUUAUCAGAGAUUCAUUGUGAGAAUCAUCUUCAUGGUCCCGGUUUAUGCCUUGAUGUCUUUCCUGUCUCUUGUGCUGCCCCGAAGCUCGAUAUACUUCAAUUCCAUCCGAGAAGUUUACGAAGCAUGGGUCAUCUAUAAUUUCCUGUCAUUGUGUUUGGCAUGGGUUGGAGGCCCAGGAGCAGUUGUCUUAAGUUUAAGUGGCCGCUCGCUGAAGCCAUCAUGGUGCCUCAUGACGUGUUGCUUCCCACCACUACCACUGGACGGGCGUUUCAUUCGACGGUGCAAGCAAGGUUGUCUGCAGUUUGUAAUGUUAAAGCCUAUCCUAGUUGCUGUCACACUUGUACUCUACGCAAAAGGGAAAUACAAGGAUGGGAAUUUUAGCCCUGAUCAGGCAUAUCUCUAUAUCACCAUCAUCUAUACCAUUUCAUACACUGUGGCUCUGUAUGCACUGGUGUUAUUUUACGUGGCAUGCAAAGAUUUGCUUCAGCCCUUCAAUCCGGUCCCCAAGUUUGUGAUAAUAAAGUCUGUUGUCUUUAUGACCUAUUGGCAAGGUGUUCUAGUUUUUCUUGCUGCUAAAUCUGGAUUGAUUAGGGAUGAAGAGGAAGCAGCUGUCUUCCAGAAUUUUAUAAUAUGUGUCGAGAUGCUAAUUGCUGCUGCCGGUCAUUUUUAUGCAUUUCCAUACAAGGAGUAUGCCGGUGCCAAUGUUGGUGGUGCUCGCAGUUUCACGGGAAGCCUGGGACAUGCUGUAAAACUAAAUGACUUCUACCAUGAUACAGUUCACCAGUUUGCCCCUACUUACCAUGAUUACGUGCUGUAUAAUCACAACGACGGCGAUGAGGGGACGAGGAAAUACCGGUCAAGAACUUUUGUGCCGACGGGACAGGAGAUGGAUGCCGUGAGAAAGCAGAAACAUGUUUAUGGAAACAGGAUAGAUGGUGUUUCACUCUCCAGCCACUCCUCCUCAGGAACAAGCACACCGAAAAGUUCUAGCACGAAUUCUGAUCCAGCACGACCCGAUGCCAUGAAAUCUUCCUUGCUCAUGGAUUCCUCGGAAUCUCUUGCCACAAUGUAUGACAUGUCACUCAUUGACAUAGAUAUAUCUAGCUACCCGAGCAAGGUCCCCUCUGCAAAUGAAAGUGUAACUAGAUAGAAGGAGAAAAGGCAUGUGAAAGCCUCCAUUAACAGCCACUUAUGGUGCAGGGCAGGAGGAGAAGUGAGACCGAGGAAAGGCGGCGUUGUUGCUUGUUUAAGGCCUUUAAUGGGCCAUUAUUGGGCCUACAUGGGGCCCCUUUCAUAAAUCUCUGGUGGGUCAAUGGAAUAAUGAAUUAUUAAAUACUAUUUUAGUAGGUGGCCCGAACUGUCAACGCCUCCGGUGGCAAUGGGCCUCCCCUUCAUGUACAAAAAAUCACGCGCAGUCAAAAGACAGCGCACGCGCACAGAUUGCGUGUUUCUGGCACGCGCCUGAUAUUCACACUCGUAAUGCAUCACAGCGAGUGAAACCCAUUUGCUCGUACCUUCGGCAUCUUGGACCUUUGUCUCUUUGUGUUAAUUCCCUUCACAAAUUUAUUAUUUUAAAUGGAGAAAAAAGCACGAUAGCAAUCAUUUCACAUACCA